AGAGAGAGAGAGAGAGAGAGAGGAAACUGGAUUAGCCAUUGAAAUAGGGGGUAGUAGGUCCCGAGUCCCCACCUCAACCAAGCUGUCUUUGCUAAUUGCCAUUGCUUUGUUUCAGAACUCUCCAGCACUAAAGCCUCUCCUCUCUUCCCUUUGCUCCUUUUCUUCCUCCUUUUUUUCUUUCUUUCUUUCUCCCCUUUAUUGCUCUUCCUUGAUGAUGAUGACCACUCUUCUAUUUCUUCCUCCUCCAUCUCUCAACAACAAUGAACUGAGUUAAUUUCUUAUUAUUUCCCUUCACCUUACUGAGUUUUCUUGAGGGGUCUUUGAUCUUCUUCUUAUUCUGGUAUUACAGUUUGAUUCUUCACUCUGUUUGCUACACAUCAAUCAAUCCUCAUACACCUCCUGUAUUCUUCUUUUCCUUCCUUUUUUUUUUCUUCCUGUCAUACAUAGUAAGCUGUUCCUCACUUUGUCAAGCCUUCACUUUUCUUUGCUUUGCUUUUCUGUGUUCCUCACUGUCUCUGUGUAUAGAGCCCCAAAGUGCAUGUUUCAUCCAAUCCCACCACUUUCCACUUCACCCCUCUUCUUGGCCCAUCUAGGGUUUUCUGCCUUUUCUCCUUUAUUCCCUUAAAUCCCAUACGCUUCUGCGUAUUUAUCUUUCCUUCCAAUUCUAGGGUUUUUCUAGGGUUUUAUCAUUCUUUUAAGGAAAAAAAUUGUAUCUUUAGUCUCUCUAUUCUGGGGUUAACCUCAUUCUUACUUGAUUUGUCGAUCACCUUCAAUCAAUCUUGGAUCCUUUCCUUAGUAUCCCUGGAUUUGAAUUGGGUCAUCUGUGGUCAUGGCGUUUCAGCAAAUUCUGGGUCCGAGCUCGGGGUCGAGUUCGAGUUCUGGCUUCCAAUACAUGAAUUCCCCUUUUGGAGAUACCACAUACACCAAGGUCUUUGUUGGGGGACUCGCUUGGGAAACUCAAAGCGAAACCAUGCGCCGAUAUUUCGAGCAGUUUGGUGAAAUCGUGGAAGCCGUUGUCAUCACUGAUAAGAACACCGGCCGUUCAAAAGGAUAUGGUUUUGUAACUUUCCGGGAUCCAGAGUCUGCUAGGAGAGCCUGUGCUGAUCCGACCCCAAUUAUUGAUGGCAGGCGUGCUAAUUGUAAUUUGGCUUCUCUAGGCCGUCCUCGACCUCCUGUUCCUUAUGGUAUCAACUCUAAUCUGUCCGGACGUUUGAGACCACCUUCUCCAUAUAUUGGAAGUGUGCCACGAGGGGCUUAUGUUGGAAGUAUUGGCUAUCAGCCUCCACUUCCUUACAAUUAUCAACAAGGAUUGAUGUACCCUUCUUAUGGGUAUGCAACAUAUGGACCUGAAUAUGUCUAUCCUCAGGGUGCUUACAAUCCCUAUGUGGCUCAGCAGUACCUUCAGAUAUAUGGAGUACCUGGAGCAGUUAAUCCAGUUAUUUAUCCUUAUGGGCAAUUGGGUCAGACUGUUCCUAGUGGACAUGGUUAUACAGCUGUACAGGGAUAUGCAAUGCCAAGCCAUCAAAUAGUGCAGUUUGGUGGAGCCGUUGCUAAUGCAAUCACAACUUCUCCAAUGCCCACAAUCCAAACACCAUAUCCUGGAGGUAUAGCAGCAUCUGUUCCAACACAGCCACAAUUUAUUGUUACUACUCCUCAGUUUAUGCAAGGUAGUGGUUCUGACCAAACAACUGGGUGAGGAGUUGAUCAAGGUAUCCUUAGAUUGCAGCAGGACUAAGAGCAGCGGAACUGCUACUUGAGUGGCGGGCUUCGGAUCUAGCCUUGCAAGUUAUUUAUUUUGCAUUCUACAGGUCAUACGUAGUCAUGCUCACCAGAGAAGUCAAUGUUGUCCGAGUCACUCCAUAUGGUGGAGAAGCAAUAUGGAGGAAGCCGAAAGGUAUUCCUUGGUGGUGGUGUUUUUUAACCUGGUAUUUGUAGAGAACAUUAUUAUCAUACAGCUGGUCAGGUGGCCAGCAGUCAUGGGAUUGAUGGAUGCUGGAAAGGGUUUCUAGCAACCACAUAGGAAUAAAAAUGGUGUAAAAAAAGUAAAAGGAAGAUACAUGUUUAGAAUCAACAUAUGAUUCUUUUUAUAGUGUAGAAGUCAGUGUAGUAGUCCCAGCAUUUGGGUGUAUAGAUAGUCUCUCUGGUGUCUGUCUGGUGGAGUCCUGCGUUUGUUUGCAGACAUGGUUGGCCGGUUGGUCGGUUGGUUGGUUCUAGUUUUGUGCAUAUUAGUAGUAGUAUUAGCAGUAGUAGUCUGCAUUUCAUGAAUGAUUAUGAGAGCCUGAUUUCACAACAUGGAGGAAGCUCUCGGAUGCAUUUUCUUUCAACUGAAGUGACCUUCAAAAAGAAAAAAAAAAAAGAAAGAUAUUUCCUUGUGUACAAA